AUGGACGCCAUUGAUAUUUCUAGACAAAGAAAAUUGGUGAUUCCUUGGUUGAUGCUGCCACCGGAAGGCACUGUUUACAAAUUCUACAGACUGGCGGAAGUCGAUGUCAUACAGUUUGAGCAGAGGCAACAGCAGGAGCCUGACGGAGACGUCUAUUACUUGGGAUCAUUAUUUCAAGGUUGGCUCGUUUAUAUACAGCAAAAAGACUGCCAAGUUUUUCUAUUUAACCCAAUCUCUGGUAGAAAAAUUAAGCUUCCAUCUGUUGAAACUCUUCCUGAAGUUAAUGGCGUCAUUCGAAACACCCAAACUGGUUUGAUUGAAACCUUUCUUAACUACCAAUCCCAACCCCGUACUCCACAACAGUUAUCUAAAUAUAUCAUCAGAAAAAUAGUUCUUUCCUCCUCUCUUAUGAACGAUGACUGUGUAGCCAUGGUCACUUACGGCCACUCUGAUCUACUCGCCUUCUGCAGGAGGGAUCUUGAAGCUUGGGAUCUCAAUACGGAUCCAAUCAACAGGUUUCACAUUCACAAUGAACAUUUUGGAACCUCCUCUUCUAAUGAAUGGCCUAUUGUUUGUAAUGAAUGGCCUAUUUCUUUCGUGGAUGAUGAUGAACUUGAGCGCAAGUCAUCCUAUUGUUGGGAUUCUGAUUACCUGGUAUACGACCAUCAAAGCCACGAGCUUUUUAUUGUUACACGAUACAUAGCCCCUGCCAUUGAUCAAGAUGGAACUCUAAUAUUACCUGAGGACAAUUUGGAUGAUCAAUUUCCUUACCAGACUCUAACUUUUGAUGUUUUCAAGCUUGAUUUCAUAAACCAUGAUCACGUGGAGCUUCAAUACAACAGUAGCCUUGGCAAUCGUGCAUUCUUCAUUGGCUCCAAUACCGGUUUUGCUCUCUCAACCACCCAAUUUCCUGAAUUGAAGCCCAAUUCUAUUUACUUUACAGAUGAUCUGACCUGGGCUUACAGACACAGGGAGAACCUCAAGUGUGGAGGUCAUGAUUUGGGCAUUUAUGAUUAUAAAGAAGGAAGCUUUUCAUCGUGUUACUAUCCCAUUGAUCUCGACAAGAUACAGAGGAUUCUACCAGCUCCUAUUUGGUUCACCCCUGACCCUGAUGUUGAUGUUGAUGCCGAAUGUUUAGCCUAG